GGAGGAGGAGGAGGAAUGAGGCGGCAGCGGCGGACGAAGUAGCUUGUCUGUGUUGGACUUUGCGCAAAGUGAUAGUCCCUGCUCUCUUCGCCGGCCGCUUGCGAGCAGGAUCAAGUGUGCAGAAGAAAGGCGAGUCCGUCCGCUGCCCCUCCUCCUCCUCCUCCUCCACUUCGCAAACCUGGACUUAGAGCCUACGGAUUUGGCUGUCCUCGGAGUAGUACCAGCAAAGAAAAACAUGCUUUCCUCCAUUGUGUUGGUCUUGCUUCUUGCUGCAGUCUGCUAUGCCAAUGAAGUUGAACAGCGUGGCUGUCAGCGGCUCAUCACGGCAACGCACCUGAAAGACCUGAUGCAUAUGCAUGAUAGCCAGAUGAAAACCACCUGCAAGCAAGCUAUUCAGUAUGUGGACAAGAAAGAGCUGAAUGAUCCUGAAUGUUUUCUCCAAGCGGCAUUUGAUCCAGUGAGAAUAAUCCUUGAUAACAUUGAAUUCAAAAGCACCAGUCCAUACUCUGAGAUACUAAAGAAUAUGAGGGAUCUACUCAACCGAUUUAGAAACUGCUUCAGUGCCCAUUACGAUGAUGUGUUCCAGCUCUCCAAGCAAUGUGUCAAGAAUGGCUUCCUGACUCCACAGGAGACCCUGGAAUGGGUGCAUGACUACUUCAGUGAAGCUAGCCAGUUCCUGAUCCACAAAAAUUUCACCAAGGACUGCAGCAGGAUCUUUGAGAAGUGCUCAGGCUCUCAGGAAAAGGACACCAUCUCUCCAGGUGUGGUGACUGACCGGGAUUGCAAGUGUCCAGCCACAAGCCCCAUCUAUGGGGGAGGCUCUGCUUCUCUUCCUCCAGCCUUCGGGUCCUUCUCUUCCAUGGCAAACCAGCUGGACAGCAAGGCGACAGUUACCAGGGCUCGCCAGCUGCCUGGCACCACACAGAUGCGAGGAGAGUCAGAGGGUAGUACCAGGUCCAGGGUGAUUAGGAGCACGCAUGCAAGCCAAGGAGCCACAGAAAGCAUGAAUUUCAGGGCUGACAGCCAUGCCUCUCUGCUCUCACCACCAGAAGGACUAGUAUUGGCAACUGUGUCACAGGCAUCUACCCUCUUAUCCCCCCCGAACACUGCACUUCUCCUGGAUCAACCCAUUAUGCAGCACUCCACGCUCAGCAAUGUUCCUCCCUCCCCUUCUGGCCAGCAGCACACUGACGCCUUGGAAACCGAGUCUCCUCCCUCUAGUUCUGCAGCUGGCAGCAGCCAGACAGGGCCCAGUGAGUUCCUUUCUCAGCAUUCCCCUCUCUCCACGGUAGCUAGAUCCUCCAUCGAUAAGCAGUGGCUUCAGACAAGAGGGACUGCUGAGGCCACUCCAGGACUUGCAUCUGAUUCGGAUAGAACUGUUACAAGCGGCAUAUUCAGCCAAACUCAGACUCGGCCAUCUUUUACCAGAUUGGAACCAGUGGAUGGCUCAGGGGUGCCCUCCAGUGGCAGCUGGGUAACACACUUGCCUAGCGACGCAGACCUCUUCCAUGGCCUUGGCUCUGAGGACCCCGUCUCUGCAGUGCAACAUCCUCCUAGAUUGGUGGCCACCAGAGAGAGUUCAUCAUCCGCUCCUGUAGGGAGGCGCUCCUGGGAUGAGCAGGGCAGCAGAGGCAGAGCCCCACGAGUACAGAAAAGCACCCAGCUCCGCGAGAGGCGAGCAGAAAGAGAAGAGGGACUGGCCAAGGGCAGGGAGCCGGAGGAUAGCAUGCCAGGGCCCAGCUUUGAUCAGAGUUUCCUUCCUCCGAACACAGAAAAGCACAUCAAGAAGUCAGAACACAGAGAUACCCAAGGGAUGACUGUGACUUAUGUGACGGUGCCCAGUGUCUUGGGAAUCCUGUUGGCAGUGGGUGGCCUGCUGUUCUACUUGCAUAGAUCCAGGAUUUCAGGAAGGAGGCAACUGCAGAGGGAUGAGAGUACUAUGGAAAGUGCAGAAGAAGGAAGACCUCUAAAUGAAAGGGGAGAACUUCUGGAGAUGCAGGUCCAGGGGGAACUAUGAGCUUGACCCUUCCCUUGGAGAUGAGAAAUUUUCUGGGGCUUUAUGGCCUCCUUGCUACUAUUGGGAGAAGUUCAUACAGACGACUCUGGGAAUUGAAGAAGUUGCAGUAUUUUCCCAUGAGGACUGUUUUCUGUCCCCCCUUUUUUUAAAUGAUGGAAAGAAAUUCAUCAGGAAAUUGACAUUUCUGGCCCUGAAGGAUGGCUUUCACACCAGUGCAAGCUGUCCUGCCCUGUUUCUGCCAGUUUGCUGAUGCCUGAUGAGCAGGAAGGAAACUGGCUGGAAGUUGACUUGGAUUUCAAAACCCCUGUUCUGAUAGUAGGGGACAAGCUUCUACUAGGAACCACUGUGCCUACGGCUUCUUCAGAGAGUCCCUUGAGGAGGUGGAAUCUGCAGUUUGAACAGCUGCGAUGUUCAGAGCUCCUGGAACUGCAGAUGAUAGUAGGAUCUCAGCUUAUCAGUUUCUUAAUGAUACGGAUUAUAGCAACCUGUGGUUGCUGUAAAGAGAACAGGCACUUUGUCCCUCUGUUUCCUGCUUUUUAAGCUGCAUGUGUCAUAUAGCUGAAGUGGGAAGGAGAUCUAUCCUCUGCAAGUCUCCCCCGUGUUACCACUUCACUCCCUAAAUAGGCUAGUGUGUUAACAGAAUGUUCCUCUAUGUUAUCCUGGUGGCCUUCCAUCUUUUUUACUCCCUGCACCUGUCUUUUAACCCCAACAUAUAACAACACGGGACCCACUUUUAUCCUUCAUUGCUUGCUAGAAUUUGGGGUCACCUAAUAAAAUUGAUUUUAACCGUGGGAUAGGCAAAAAGAAGUACUUCUUCAUACAAUGCAACUUUGGAAAUAGACUGCUAUGCAAAAUGGUUAUGGCCAGUAGUUUGGCUAUGAAAUUGGGUUAGGCACAUAUGGAGGAGGACAGGUCUAUCGGUGGCUUUAUGGAGCCCCCGUUUUUGAAGUCCCAGUUGCUGGAGUAGCUUCAGAGAAGGAAGUGCCAUCACUUUCAUGUCCUGCUUGUGGUCUGCUCUGGCAGCCUGUAAGCUUGCCUCUUUAGACACAGGAGCCAGUAAAUGAGGUUUUCCCCUGGAAUAACCAAAAUUUCUCCCUCCCUGUUGCUCAUCUUUCCAUGUUGUAGUGGAAACUGAUCUCUAGAGAGCAAACAAGGGAGUCGCCAUUGUCUAGUUCUGAAGAAAGCAAAGCUGUUGCACUAUGAAUGCGUAAAUGUUUGCUUGCCAUGCUCUGAGAACAUUCCAGCCCCACAUCUGGAAGCUAGGCUGUGGGGAGCGUGCAUGUGUAUGCUUGUCUAGAUGAGUAGACUUGCCAUCACAUGCCUUUUCUCAAUGCAUCCCUUUCCCUUCUGUCUCAGUCUGACGCUUUGUCCUCCCUGCCUUGUCCUUCCCUGAUUGUAGCCAGACAUGUGAUGAUGACCCUGAGCUGGCCUCAGGAAGGUGCCUUUCCCAUUUGUGCUUGAAUGUACCAGAUUAAAUUGUGAUCAGUUGUCAUACUGGAGGAAAGUGGGGAGCUGUCACUAACCAGUGCCAUGAACAUUGCUUCAUUGAUGAGAGCAGGUCUCGUGUUUGCUAAGGCCUUUGAUAAGCCUUCUCUUCAGUAUGCCAUGAUACUCUGCUUUAUAGUGUGGCUGCAAUAUCCUAAACCAUUCAGCUGGCUGGUCCUUUGGGCAGGAUUCACAGUCUGGUGUUGAUCUUGCCAAUUCAGUAAUCCCUGUAGAAUUUGUCUAGGUUCCCUUUGCCUCAUGUUGCCGGAAGGGACUAUUGACCUUGAGGGAAAUGUUACCUGCUACCUCUUUUCCUCCCUCCCCAGUUUAGCUGCUAUAUUUCACAGAGAACUUGUCCACCUUUCCAGAGGCUGGCAAACGCCUUCUGUUCUCAGCAGCAGUGAUUGUGGAGGCUGGAGGUCUAGGUGUUAGCAAGAUUAUACAGGUCAAUGAGCCAUAACACAGGAAUAGCUUCUGACUUGGACUGAAUGAAGAUCAAUUUCUGUUAAUCUAGCACCCUGAAGCCAUGGUGGUGGUGGUUAAAUGCAGCAGUUGAGUAUGCUCCAUCUGAGCACUUACUUGCUGGCACAGUAAUAUUUAGGUAUUAAGGACAGAUUCUUCCCUUGCCCUCUUUUUAAUAUAUAUAGGAGAAACCAAUGGAGAGAAGAGCCUUUUAAAAGAUACAAUUCUGGUUCAGACUGUGUUCUUUUUUAUAUAUAUAUUUUUUCAAACAUUGGAUUAUUUUAUAUGAAAGACUUUUUAAAAAGCUGUUAAUAUGUCUAUUUAAAAAAGUUGUAUUUAAUAAUAAAACAGAUGUGUAACAC